AUGAAGCCUCACAAAAUAGCUUUCAUAUCUUCGACAUUUUCGUGGGCCUUGAUCUUCUUCCUUACCAUUUCUUUGUAUGGGGGAAAGGCAUCAAGUGAUGAGGAGCAUGAUCAUGUCAAGGCUCACGAGGGACCUGUGGUGGAGAAGGAUCAGAGGAGGACAUUAACUGUCACUGAAUACGGACAGAUCUCUGCCAUUGAUGUCAAGGAAAAACAAGGAGCACCACCCUACCAUCUUCAGUUCUUCACAUUGGAACCAAACUCUCUGUUUCUUCCCGUGCUUCUCCAUGCAGAUAUGGUCUUUUAUGUUCAUACAGCUUCAACACAUUCCACUCACGGGGGUUUCAGGGAGUGGAAAGCUGACAUGGGAAAAUGA